CGGGGUCUGACUCACACAGCUCUUGAGUUAUAAACCUCCAGAACACAAAAAGGAAGAGCAGUGGAGCACAUUCUUGGGGAGAGUGGCUGUAUGGAUAACGGUGAAAUACAAAAACAUCCACGCCCACAAAAAGUUUUAAGAAGUUAAGACAAGAACACACUGCAACUUGUGGUGCAGAGCUCCUAUUUUUUCUCAGCUCACCUAAAGGUUAUAGUUGUUUUUCUUCUAGAAUUGAUUUUGCAGAAAUGGGCUACCCUCUGCAGUUGACUGUGAUCAUGGCUUUUUUGCUCUAUGCAACGGCAGGAGUGAUAGACAGGAGGACGGAGUUCACUGAAGCAAUGGCGUACUUGAAGAAGUAUGGCUAUCUGCACCCCCCACUCGAUCCACAGAACCAAAGCUUCCAGAUAGAUGAUGUCAUUGAGGCCCUUAGGGUGUUCCAGAGGGUGACCGAUCUGCCUGUUACAGGAGUGAUUGACAAGGCCACCCUAGAGGUUAUGAGGCAGCCUCGCUGUGGCAUAGCGGAUCCAUUCAACCAGAAAAGCCUCAAAUACAGAGUGCUGGGCUACUGGCGCAAGAGAAGCCUGACCUGGCGCAUCUACAACUACACUCCCGACAUGCCCAAGAGCGAGACUAAAAGGGCCAUACGCUCUGCAUUUAAGUACUGGAGCGACGUGGUUCCCCUGAGCUUCCGGGAGACUGAGUAUGGACGGGCCGACAUCAGGAUCUCAUUCCAUGCGAAAGAUGCCUCUUGUGCCGUGCCUUUUGAUGGAAGGGGUCACGUCCUGGCCCAUGCUGAACAACCAGAGUCAGGCAUCGUUCAUUUUGAUGAGGAUGAGUUUUGGACCGAGGGCAAGUCAUACGGGACCAACCUGCGUAUCAUUGCCGCCCAUGAGAUAGGCCAUGCAUUGGGUUUAGGCCACUCACAGUACAGAAGUGCACUGAUGGCCCCUCUCUACACCGGUUAUCGUAACAACUUCCGUCUGCAUUCAGAUGACAUCAACGGCAUCCAGGCUAUUUAUGGCAAACGUGAUGCAAGUGUUGCAGUUGAGCCAACAGCAGCACUCCCCACCAAAAGCCUCCCUGAUGCUGAGAGUGACAUCCCAGAUCCCUGCACCGCCAAGCUAGAUGCCAUUAUGCUAGGUCCGUGGAGGAAGACGUUUGCCUUCAGUGGUGAUUAUGUGUGGACGGUGACUGACAUGGGACACAAUACUCCUUUGAAGAUUGAUCGGCUGUGGAUGGGACUGCCUGGAAACCUGAAUGCAGCAGUUUACUCUCAGAAAACCAACAAAACAUACUUUUUCAAAGGGGAUAAAGUGUGGAGAUACACAAACUUCCUGUUGGACUAUGGGUACCCCAAGGAGCUGAAACGCCUCCCACCUAAUAUUGAUGCGGCUUUGUACCUCGAGAAGAAUAAGAAGCUCGUAUUUUUCAAGGGUGACGGUUAUUGGCAGUGGGAUGAGCUGCGACACAGUGACCUCAACCUGUACCCCAAACCCUUGUCAAACCUAUUUACUGGGGUGCCUUCCAGCCCGGAUGCUGCAUUGACCUGGAACAACGGAAAGAUCUUCUUCUUCAAGGGAGACAAGUACUGGCGUGUGAACAGUCUACUGAGUGUAGACAAAGGCUAUCCACUAAGCAAGAGAGAACGCUGGAUGCGAUGCUAGAAGCCAGACAAUAGAGGGCAGCAGACACCAUAAACCACAAUAGGAUGCUAGUGUGACACUUACUCAACUGACCAUUCAGGGAACAACAACAGCAUCUGUAACCACACUGUGAUUAACCAUUGUGUUCACACUGUGAGAGGUCAGGAACCCAUAUAAACAUGUACUGGUACAUGAUUUCUAGUGAGGAUUUACUAAGUUAAAUAGUAAAACAACUGUCAAGUUAAAUGUAUUAUUCUUAAAACACUAUUAUCAGGUUGAUGAGUGUGAAAAUGCCACUAUAGUCCUUGAGCAGUGACUUCUUGGGUUUGUUCACACCAUGAUGGCCCACUAGCUGGGUUUCUGUAAAACACCAGCAGAGUCUCAAGUCUUUUGCUCUUUUCUCCCAAACAGCCCAACAAAACAUAUUCGGCUGAGU